AUGUUUUGCUGCGCUCUCGAUUUCCUGGACCUUGUGGACGAUAUUUUCGAGACAGUGGCAAGGAACGAUCCGUGCAAUUCACAAGGUGCCGGGGCCUCGAACCGGGCUUCUCGCGAAGUGUGUGCUCGUGGUCUAAUGGCUGACGCGUUCCGUGCGCGAGACAUUGGGUUGAGAGCCCAAAAAAAACUGCUCAGCCGGAUGACCUCUCACAAAGGCAUGGUGAAGGUUUUAAUAGACGACAAUUCCGGCCAGCUCCUUGAUAAUCUCUACCGCUUCGUGAAGCAUCAUACUGGAAGCAAGAAAGAUGCCGAAAAAAUCGUCAAGAAUAUCAUAAAGCUGAGCGUUAAAGCGGGAAUUUUGUCACGGAAUGAGCAAUUCUCGCAAGAUGAAAUUCAGCUGGGGAACGAUUUCGUCCGGAAGUUUCACACCUUGGCAAAGACUGUCAUCAGUUUCCACGAAGUAGACUUCACGUACGACCGUGGUUUCAUCUCGAAACAAAUCAGCGAGUGUCACGAUUUGUUCGCUAAAAUAAUCUCGCGACAUUUGAGCGAAAAGUCGUUGUCGCGGUUGGACAACGUCUUCGGCUUCUUCUCCGAUCCAAACUUUUUGGAUCAAGUCUUCCAGCCGAAAUAUCCCCAUCGCGAACUGUUCGACAAACUAGUCAACGACUUGAAGAAAGCCCUUGAUGAGGGUGAUCUGUGAUAAAAAAAAAAUGUUUUCCCAACACGCUGAAAUGGAUUUUUCCACGCACCAUCGUGGACGCGGGAAUGGACCACAAGCACUACUCGUCGCGCGAAAUUUUUUUUGAGAAAACCCUUUUCAUCAAACCAGUGUUCCCCUCUUUCGACCAGCAAUAAGACUUGUUUUUCAAUGUCGCCGAGUGUAUCUAAUAAAACAAAAAGUUCAAAGAUA